AUGACUGGAUACUGGCGCAGCGCGAAGGGCAGAGGUAGAGUGUUCCGCAACCAGGGGACCGUCGAUGAUCGGUUGUGGGAUUCUCUACAGAUUGACCUUUUUUUGGAGCCUUCCGAUGUCCUAUCACAAGCAGAAGCCUACUCAGCGGAACUUCUUGUGGACGUUGGUGAGGCAAUUGUGCAGCAUCAGAAAUCGAGAGCAGAGAAUGUAGAUCUAGCUCGAGCUACAGCUAGAUCGUCAGCCCAGAACGAACACCUUGAUGAACACCUUGGUGGAAUUCUUGAUGAAAAGAACAUCGCCCAGUUUGUUGCGCUCAAGACCGUUCAAGAUAUUGCCGAUUACCUCAACCAAACGCAGAAAUUCCGCGUUUUCUUUGUUCGCCAGAAGUAUUCUUGGGGCCCGCUUCUGAUUACAAGCCAUCUAUUUGAUUACUUGGUUGGGAGAACGCAUAUGUCGCCCUUGGUGAAAAGCUUUAUUUUGCACUUUGGGGUUCGGGAACGCGAAGUUGAAAUUUCGCCUCCGGCCCUUAGGUUUGUGCAGCUGUCUUCGGACCAUCAAGGCUCUGAAAACUGUCAUGAAUGUGUGUAUGGCUUACGUUUCAUGGAGCGAAAUGGGCGUAGCGAUUCUGAAAAGCUCUCUAGGGGGUGGUCCUUUCGCCAGGCCGCAAUAUCUUGUCGAUAUGAUCCUCUAGAGGAUGGCGUUUCGUGGAUUUUAAUUACAGUUUCCAAGCAUAUGGAACAGCAAUUGAACACCGUCGUAAAUGACAAGGAAUUCAUCAAGCAGUCCGACCCUAUUGAAACCCACUAUCUACUGAUAGCCUCUGCGAUCUCAAGUUGGAGGCAAUAUCUAAUCGAUCUUUCUGCCGAAACCGAUGCGCAUUAUGCUCAACUCCUCGGCACAUCUCCUAGUGACGAAGGACCGAUUGACUUGCACGAAUCUGGGAGGCGUCAAGAACUUUUGAUACUGGACCAGAAUUUUCUCAAUGCGCAACUCGCUACUAGUGCAACAGCAGAAACCCUGUGUGCGCUUCUUUCAGCAUGGGAAUCCACGACUGAAACUUCCAGACUACACACCAACUAUAGCAAACUCAUUCGAACCAGUUUUAAGGAUCAAGAGAGAGAGCUGCGACUCAUUCUUUUACAGAUCGACAACCUGCGCAAUAAGCUAGCAGGAAUAACAAAUCUGCUCUCGAGUUUCUUGGAUCUCAGCAGUGGGUAUUCGCUCCAGAACCUUGUCAAAGAGUCGGGCAAGGAGAACGAAGAAAUGCGCAAGCUUAGUGAACGCAUGCGCGAACUGGCCGAAGAAAGCACGCAAGACGCUGCGGCUGUCAAAGUGCUGACAAUUCUUACAUUGAUCUAUCUUCCCGUCACCGUGGUAUCUAACUUUUUUUCGACUUCUUUCGUGAACACGACAAAUUCGCAAGGCGGAGAGGGGGGCAUCACAGUAUCCGGUGACUGGUGGAUUCUGGCUGCAGUGUCUAUACCUUUGACGCUAUUCACCCUGUACAUCUGGCUAGUGUGGACACGCGUGAAGAUCAACCACUGCAAUCGGCCCUGGUGGCAGUAUGCUGUCGGUAUCGGCCUUUUCAGAGGCCCAUCUAAACUUGCUGCACAAGCCAACAUGCUAGAGAGGAGAUCGGUAGGCGGAGUCGGGCCAUUGGCGAAUCGUGGAGGGAUGAAUGAGGAAUACGCACCUGGAAUGCUGCCUCGGGCAUCGUCUGAGCUGUGCUAA